UGCUGCUGUUCAUUUGACAGCUGAGUUGAAGAUUACACAGCUGGUUUUUUGCAUCCAGUUGGAAUAAAGUUUGAAGGGUGAUAAAUGAUUUUAUCACUACAACAAUGUCUAUUGUUCUUCAGACUUGGUGACAUAGGCUCUGCGAAAUCUGUUCUGAUUAAUCUCGACUGAGAUGCAUCCGAGAACGAUCAUCCGAGUCAUCUUGCCCCUCUUUUUGAUACUACUGAUGAGGAGUCACUCGAUUUCUGGCAAAGAUGAAGGCAAAGGUGGUAAAAAAGGUGGUGGCAAAGGCAAAAAUGACACCAACCCCGACUCGGGGGGCAAAGGCAAAAAUGACACCGACCCCAACUCGGGGGGCAAAGGGGGUCCGAAGGACCUCAGCAUACCAGACAAGUGCGGCAAAGACAACGGUAUGGUUCCAAAACCCUGCACUUACUCCUACUCCGGAUGCAAGCUAAAAGGCAGCAAACUCAACUUCAAAACAGUGUCGAAUGAUAUGAUACAGAUGGGUGAAUGUUGGGCUAACACGCGUGUCUUGGGUCAGCGAGUGGCCUUUUUCGUUCCUGUGAGUCCAAGCGUGAAAAACUACGGUUCCGAGGGAGGGCCGUACGGCUCGUGCCACGCUUAUGCCGGUUGCCCAACGGCGGAUGAGUUGGAAGCAUCGGAUAAUCCGGCCGAAUUUUGCUUCAUCUGGGAAACUAACCCUAACGGCGGCGGUAAUAAAAAGAAAGGCAAUAAUGGCACUGACACGUGCAACCCGAAAUGUCCGGGUUCGCCAGACCUCCCGAUGCCGAUCGUCUGUCCUAGCACGCUGAAAUGUUGUUAUUCCGCCGAUUGGUACGAAAAGGGCGGUAAGUUAGAAAAAUACGGUAAUCUCGUGCCCACCUACAAAGGCGUCUGGUUCCCACUCAAGGGCCGCAAGGACCACAAGCCAUUAUUCUGUCCAGGGCUCAACUUAGGUUGCCCUACGCCGACUUAUCGUGACCUGCAACUCCAUCAUUUGGAAGAGAGAAAAUGUGAUGUGAGCAAAUGUAAAGGUGGGGGUAGUCCGGCAUAAUAGCACGGAUCCAAACAAUGAUGAUAAAAAGAGGAGCCGUGGGUUAAAUUAUUUGCAGUUCGAUAGGUCUGAUUGACUUCCUGCAUCGAUCCUAUAAUGUAGGUAGGUAUUUCUUUUUCCUCCUUGUCCUCUUAUCUAUUUCUGUUCAUUUAGUCGUAGAGAAUUGUGAAACAAUGUGCAUCCUUUGAAUAAUUACCAUUUUCCGAAAACGAUUCUGGAUUAAUCAAAUCUGAAAUGUCAGAGAUUUCUCAAAGAAAUUACGAAAAUGUCGGCAACUUAAUACGUAUAAAACCAAUGAUUUCGUUAUUUCAAUGAGGAACUAAGCCGUAGUGGGGGUGCUAGGCGUGGAUUUCCAAAAGUACGUUAGAAAUCGGCAGUUCUCUCCUUGUAGAAAAACAGUCAUUAUUCAGUCAUUAUUAUUUUUAUUUUUCCCAACUUACAUGGUUAAAAAAAGUGGCCGGGUUACAUUCUCAUUGUUUUAAAACUCUUGCGUUCUGAUCAUACCGCAUUAUUUAAAGGAACUCUUCAUCAGAGAAGCUUUUUUCCCCCUUUGGCAUGAGUGACUGCCUGAGGUGAUUCGGCACCCCUAUUUUGUGGGUUUAAUCUUAGAAUUACCACCCUAAUUUGUUUUCGGUGUAUUAAUUUCUCUUUCUUUCUUUCUUUCUUUUUUUCUUUUUUUCAGAUAUUUUUCUUCUCUGUUAAUUUUUUGCCAUUCUGUUCUCAAAAUGUACACUUUUAAUUACCAACAGAAUACAAUUUUAAAAAUAA